AAGCAGUUUGCGGGCGGAGCUAGGAAACCACGGCAAUAUAUUUUGUGGGCUAAAGUACAGCAAAGCGGGCGCGAGUCUUUCCUUUUUGAAUGUGGCGGAGGAGGUGGGGGGUUCGCAGUCAGUGUGCUUCGAGCCAGUGAAAGGCAAAAUAGAAUAGAAUAAAAUAAAAUAAAAUAAGGACCGAACGGAAAGGAACUAAAAGAUAACGCGAAAUGCCCGGUGCAAAUAAAGAAGGUGACGGCGGAUGGAAGAAGUUUCUGUGGAAUUCAGAAAAGAAGGAAUUUUUAGGGCGGACCGGCAGUAGCUGGGCCAAGAUAUUCAUCUUUUAUGUGAUCUUCUAUGGCUGCUUGGCUGGAAUAUUCAUUGGGACAAUCCAAGUUAUGCUGCUGACCCUGAGUGACUACAAGCCUACAUACCAGGAUAGAGUUGCACCUCCAGGUCUAACACACACCCCACACACUGAAAAAUCAGAAAUCAUGUUCAAUAUCAACCGGCCGGAAUCUUACCAUCCGUAUGUCAAAGUCAUUCGUGACUUCCUGGACAUAUACGAUGAUGAGAAACAGUUGGACCAGCUGAAGUACGAGGACUGCGGAGAACACCCCAAUGAAUUCAAGGACAGGAGCGACAUAAACAGUGAUGUGGGUGUUAGAAGGGCCUGCCGCUUCAAGAGGUCCUGGUUGGCUGGUUGCUCUGGCCUACAAGAUCCUGAAUUUGGGUUCAAGGAUGGAAAACCCUGCAUGAUUGUCAAGCUCAACAGGAUUGUCAAUUUCAUACCUCGGCCUCCAACCUCCAAUGACAGUAUCCCUGAGGAAGCCAGGGAGAAGGUCCAGCCCAAUGUGAUCCCAGUCUUCUGUACUAAUAAGAGACCUGAAGAUGCUGCAAAAAUUGGAGAGAUAAAGUACCAUGGCAUUGGUGGCGGCUUCCCUCUGCAGUAUUACCCUUACUAUGGCAAACUGCUCCACCCCCAGUACCUUCAGCCCCUGCUGGGCAUCCAGUUUACCAACCUCACAUUAAACACGGAGCUGCGCAUCGAGUGUAAAGUCUUCGGGGAGAACAUUUACUACAGUGACAAAGACCGCUACCAGGGACGAUUUGAAAUUAAAAUUACAGUCAACAAUUUAUGACCACUGCUACAUAGUUAGUUCUUUCUCUGCCCUAUUUUAAAACCAAGAAAUUUAGGAAGAAAAGAAAACUUAAGUACAACACGGAUAGUCUUGAGCUAACUCAACAUGGGACCUACAUUUAGUCUAUAUGUGUUACACUAGCUUUUCUGCAUAAAUUUAGGAUUAGUUUGUAAAAUGCUGAGAAACAAACUACGAAAUAUUUAUUCUACUGAGCCAUGGGACAUGUUCAUUUGUCUCUGUAAAGGAUGAUUUCACUACUGAUGUGUUGCAAGCAGUAUUGCUGUUCUUGUAUAUUGCUGCUUUGCAUGAUUUAAAUAUAUUUUUGAAGUGUACAGUACUGUAGUUGCAUACAAUGGUUUUUCAAAAGCCAUGUCAUUUCUGUUACAGCAAGAUACGUGUGUGGGUGUGUAUGAGUACGUGUGUGUGUACUUACAAACUGAGAACUUGCUGGUAUGGUACACACUGUCUCUCUAGGCUCAUGUGAUUGAAUGCCUUCACUUGUUCUGUCACACUUGAGCUCCUCCACUCCCCAAAAUCACUUUUACUUUUCCGGGAAAAUUUAAAUGCAAAGAAGGAGAUGCUACUCCUGUAUUUGGCUUUUCUUCCGUUUCUCUGCUCUUGUGAAGGCGAUUCUUCAUUUUGAAAGGCUGGUACCUUGAUGGUAACGGUACUGUCAGUGCUUGUAAAAACCAUUGUUUUGCCACACGCCUUACACAAUAUGGUGUAACUUUAUGGUGAAUGUUUUUGCCAUUUUCAUGAUGGAAAGUUUUAUAUUUAUGCAGUUGUACAAUCAUUUUGUUCUGCAGAAAAGUGUAAUGUAUAAACAAAAUACCAAAGUCACAAGUUACACAUUAGAACAAAAGAAGCAAACCAGUACCCCUUUGUGUAUUAGUAAUUUUUGUUGAUGUUAAGAUGUGCUGAACAUCAAAAUAAUCAGGAAACCAUCCACUCUUGUCAUUUAAUUAGGAUAAGACAAAAAUAAAAAUAAGACAACUGG